AUGCCUCGGUAUGCGCAGCUCGUCAUGGGCCCCGCAGGCAGCGGGAAGAGCACCUACUGCGCCACCAUGGUCCAACACUGCGAGGCCCUCAAUCGAUCUGUCCAGGUUGUGAACCUGGAUCCAGCCGCAGAGCACUUCAGCUACUCGGUGAUGGCUGACAUCCGCGAGCUGAUCGAGGUGGACGAUGUGAUGGAGGAUGACUCCCUGCGGUUCGGUCCCAAUGGAGGGUUGGUGUUCUGCAUGGAGUACUUUGCCAGCAAUUUUGACUGGCUGGAGAACUGUCUGGGCCAUGCCGAGGACGACUACAUCCUGUUCGACUGUCCAGGUCAGAUUGAGUUGUACACACACCUGCCUGUGAUGAAGCAGCUCGUUCAGCAUCUUCAACAGUGGGAGUUCCGAGUCUGUGGGCUGAGCGCAAUGGUCUCUCUAGAAAUUCCACAAGUGAACAUCAUAACAAAAAUGGAUCUGCUGAACAAGAAAGCGAAGAAGGAGAUUGAGAAGUUUCUGGAUCCAGAUGUAUAUUCUUUGUUAAAGGAUUCUACAGGUGACUUAAGAAGCAAAAAGUUAAAGAAACUGACCAAAGCUAUAUGUGGACUGAUUGACGACUACAGCAUGGUGCGCUUCCUGCCGUUCGAUCAGUCUGACGAGGAGAGCAUGAACAUUGUCCUGCAGCAUAUUGAUUUUGCCAUUCAGUACGGAGAAGACUUGGAAUUCAGAGAACCAGAGGAACAAGAGUCAUCUUCUAUGAUGGAUAUUUUCAGGAACACCAUAGUGAGUGAAGAUGUUACUGAAGAGCACCUGGGUGCCACGGAACGUUGUUCUCGUCACGAGAUGCUGUAG